AUGACCUCACUACACGAUACGACGACACCCACAACACCAGCACCUCAUCAACACAAUGAUAGUGAUUCCGAUAUUAAUGAGAUGUCUCGCGAUUUAGAUGAAAUUGGUUUACUUAAUUUAAAUAAUUUAACUUCAUAUUUUUCAACUGAUCGAUUUUUCUUCCAAAUGCCCAGUUUUGAAAUGAAGAAUUUCCCAUUAGAAUUCACUAAAUAUGUGACCAAAUAUAAGGAUUAUUAUCAAAAUCAAUAUAAAAAAUAUAAUAAAAGUUUUGGUACUACUGCAAAAACCGAGAGUACCGAUACUGAUGAGGUGAAAGAUAUACUGAGUGAAGAUGAUAGUAAUAUUUUAGAUUCUAUAAAAACAGUUUUAUCAACGAGAAUUCAAAUGGAUAAAUUUUUAAAUGAUUUAAAAUUAGGGGUUAAUAUCACUACUGCUAUUGAUCGACUACAACCUUUGACAGACGUGAUUAAUGAAACGAUUUUUUUACCAACCGAUGAUUUCAGUGAUAUUGAAAAUGAUGAAAAUGAACUGGAUAUUGAAAUAGAAGAAACCACUGAACCAUCAGGAAUUGGAGAAAUUGUUAAUAAAAGUCAACCAUUAAUAAAUGAAAUUGUUAAACCUCGAGUAGGAGAAAUGAGAAAUGAAAUAAAAAGAAACAACAAAAGGAAAAGGAAAAGAAAACAAUAUAAAAAUAUUUAUAGUAAUAAUGAUAGUGUUACAUCACAAACUAGUGAUAUUGAUGGAUUAACUAUUGAUGAGGUUAGUGAAUUGACUGAAUUGAAUUCUUUAGAUGAUUUUGUUAAACAAGAUCUUUUAAGAAGUAAAAUUAAAAAAAUUCAUAAUUUAUCUAUAAGUCAAGAUUCAAAAAAUAAAUUAGUAACAAAAUUAAUGAUGGGGAAUUAUUAUAAAUAUGUUGAUGAAAAAUUGUCCAAUAAUGAUAAACAAUUAUUGCAGCCGUUAAGAAAUCAGAAAUUGAUCAUCAAAGAAGAAAAAGAAAAAGAUGAAGAAAAAGACAAUGAUGAGGAAGACGAAGAAGAUGAUUUUGAUGAAGAAUUACCAUCAAGGCUGUCAUUAGGUCCAGUAGAUGAGGCGAUUAUUGAAAAUGACGGUGAAAACUUUGAAUCAGAAUCUGAAGGAUCCAACGAUGAAGAAGAAGACGAUGAAGAAGAAGAAGAAGAAGACGAUGAAGAAGAAGAAGAUGAAGUAAUGUUGACGGAACAAGAUUUACAACCAACAUAUCAUGAUUCAUUACAUACUAUAUUUGGAUGUUCUCAUUAUCAAACAAAUUGUAAAAUUGAAUGUCCAACCUGUUUUAAAUGGUAUACAUGCCGAUUUUGUCAUGAUUCCCAAACUCUUGAUCAUAAAUUAAUAAGAAAUGAAGUUAAACAUAUAUUAUGUAUGUAUUGUCAUACACCACAAAUUCCUGAAUCUAAUUAUUGUAUUAAUUGUGAACAAGAAUUAGCCAAUUAUUUUUGUUCUAAAUGUAUUUUAUAUGAUAAUGAUCAAACUAAAGAUAUUUAUCAUUGUGAUAAAUGUGGGAUUUGUCGAUUAGGUUUAGGUUUAGAAAAAGAUUAUUUCCAUUGUGAUACUUGUAAUACUUGUUUAUCGAUUGAUUUAAAAGGUCAUCAUAAAUGUUUAUCCGAUGUUACUCAUUCAAAUUGUUGUAUAUGUAAUGAGGAUUUAUUUUCCCUGAUUCAUAAAGUGGUGUUUAUGAAAUGUGGUCAUUCUAUUCAUGAACAAUGUUAUAGUAAAUUCACCAAAUUUUCAUCAAAAUGUCCAAUUUGUAAAAAAACCAUUACUAAUGUCGAGAGUCAAUAUCGAAUAUUAGAUGUCGAAAUUGCUCAAAGCCCAUUACCUGAACCCUAUAAUAAUUGGAGAUGUAUUAUUUCUUGCAAUGAUUGUGGUGGAAAAAGUAAUACCAUGUAUCAUGUAUUAGGAUUGAAAUGUAAAUAUUGCAAGAGUUAUAAUACCAAUCAAUUGAAAUUAAUCAAACCCGAAGAAGAAGAAGAAGAAGAGGAGGAGGAGGAGGAGGAAGAAGAAGAAGAGGAGAUAUUGGGAGAGGGUGAAGAAAGAAAGAAAAGUGACAAAAAUAACAAUUCAGUUACUCAAUUUGAUGUAAAUGUGAUGAAAUUGGUGAAAACAAAUUUACUGAAUAAUUUUGGAAUUGAUGAAGAAGUUAGUGGAUAUGAAGAUGAUAUGGAUGUAGAAGAUGAAGGUGAUGAUGAAGAUGAAGAAGACGAAGAUGAUGAAGACGAAGAUCAAAUGGGGAAUUUAAUUAAUAUCAAAAAAUUAUCUGAAAAUGGUUCUAAUAAUGUAUCUUAUAUCACUUCAAUGCUUCAAAAUUUUGUCAACAACGCUACCAAGUUAUCAUCGAAAGAGCAAAGGCAAUGA